GUCGGAAGCACAACAGUACAACCGACUUCAACGAGUACACUGGUUAGCACAACAACAGAGCAAGGCACAACAAGUACUGUUGACUCAAGCACAACAGUUGCAGAACCCACAAUCACAGUUGAAACCACAACCGAAACCUUCACAACUGAAGCCAGUACAUCUACAUCCACAGAGACACCAACAUCUACAACUUUAGAAAUAACUACAUCAACACCAGACAACACGGAAUCUUCGACAGAAGGAAGCACAACAAUCGAAAUCACCUCCACAAGUACACAGGCAAGCUCUACAACAGAAUCAGGCGCAUCAUCAACUACUAGUGAUGGUAGCACAACAACUGCACAAUCUACAAGCGCAACUGAGAGUAUGACUGAAGCCGUCACAACUGAAGCCAGUACAUCUACAUCCGCAGCGACACCAUCCUCCACAAUUCCAGAAACAACUACUACAACAGCAGAAACUACAAUGUCUUCGACAAUGGAUAGUACAAUUUCAGAAACAAGUGCAGCAACAACUGAACCUAGCACAACGGCAACUGAAUCUACAAGUGCAGUUGAAAGUACAGCUGAAAGCACCACAACUGAAGCCAGUACAUCUACAUCUGCAGAGACAUCAACACCUACAACUUUAGAAAUAACUACAUCAACACCAGACAACACCGAAUCUUCGACAGAAGGAAGCACAACAAUGGAAAUGACCUCCACAAAUACACAGGCAAGCUCUACGACAGAAUCAGGCGCAUCCUCGACUACUACUGAUGGUAGCACAACAACUGCACAAUCUACAAGCGCAACUGAGACUACGACUGAAGCCUUCACAACUGAAGCCGUCGCAACUGAAGCCAGUACAUCUACAUCCGCAGCGACACCAUCAUCCACAAUUCCAGAAACAACUACUACAACAGGAGAAACUACAAUGUCUUCGACAAUGGGUAGUACCAUUUCAGAAACAAGUGCAGCAACAACAACAACUGAACCUAGCACAACGGCGACUGAAUCUACAAGCGCAGUUGAAAGUACAAUUGAAAGCACCACAACUGAAGCCAGUACAUCUACGUCCUCAGUAACAUUAACAUCAACAAGUGCAGAAAUAACUACCACAACACUAGACGCCACGGAACCGUUAAUAGUCGGCAGCACAACUGCAGAAAUAACUUCCACCAGUACUGAGACCAUUUCCACAACAGAGGCAAGUGCAACAACAACUACUAUUGAUGCUAGCACAACCACUGCACAAUCUACAAGCGCCGUUGAGACUACGACUGAAGCCGUCACAGGUGAAGCCAGUGCAUCUACAUCCGCAGUGACACCAACAUCUACAAUUCCAACUAGCACAACAGUAGAAACCAUGGGGUCGUCGACAGUGAGUAGCACAGCUGCUGCAGAAAUCACUUCCAGUAGUGCACAGUCUAUCUCCACAACAGAAACAGGUGCAACAACAGCCACAACUGAUGCUAGCACAACCUUGGCUGAAUCUACAAGCGCAUCUGAAACUACCACUGAAGGCAUCACACCUGAAGCCAGCACAUCUACAUCCGCAGGCACGCCAACAUCAACAACUGCAGAGAUUGCUAGCAUAACAGUAGAAACUACGGAAUCGUCGACAGCCGGCAUCACAACUGCUGAUCCCACGUCCACGAGUUCACAGGCUAGCACAACAACACAGGCAGGCACAACAACAACCAGUACUGACGCUAGCACCUCAGCUGCAGAUACUUCAAGCACAGCAGAGACUACAUCAGAAUCAAUCACAUCUGAACCCACUACAUCUACUUCUGGAUCCACUACUGCAUCAACAAUUGUUGAUACUACCAGUUCUUCUGAAGGGACAACACCUGCGAGUUCUACCAUCAGCAUAACAGUAGCAGAAACUACAAGUACAUCUGAAACAACAACUGAAGCCAUCCCAACUGAGCCCAGUGCAACUACAACAGGGACAAGCAGUACAUCUACAAUUGCAGAUAUAACUAGCACAACAUUACACACCACGGAGUCGUCGUCAGUCGGAAGCACAACAGUACAACCGACUUCAACGAGUACACUGGUUAGCACAACAACAGAGCAAGGCACAACAAGUACUGUUGACUCAAGCACAACAGUUGCAGAACCCACAAUCACAGUUGAAACCACAACCGAAACCUUCACAACUGAAGCCAGUACAUCUACAUCCACAGAGACACCAACAUCUACAACUUUAGAAAUAACUACAUCAACACCAGACAACACGGAAUCUUCGACAGAAGGAAGCACAACAAUCGAAAUCACCUCCACAAGUACACAGGCAAGCUCUACAACAGAAUCAGGCGCAUCAUCAACUACUAGUGAUGGUACCACAACAACUGCACAAUCUACAAGCACAACUGAGAGUAUGACUGAAGCCGUCACAACUGAAGCCAGUACAUCUACAUCCGCAGCGACACCAUCCUCCACAAUUCCAGAAACAACUACUACAACAGCAGAAACUACAAUGUCUUCGACAAUGGAUAGUACAAUUUCAGAAACAAGUGCAGCAACAACUGAACCUAGCACAACGGCAACUGAAUCUACAAGUGCAGUUGAAAGUACAACUGAAAGCACCACAACUGAAGCCAGUACAUCUACAUCUGCAGGGACAUCAACAUCUACAACUUUAGAAAUAACUACAUCAACACCAGACAACACGGAAUCUUCGACAGAAGGAAGCACAACAAUACAAAUCAACUCUACAAGUACACAGGCAAGCUCUACAACAGAAUCAGGCGCAUCAUCGACUACUACUGAUGGUAGCACAACAACUGCACAAUCUACAAGCGCAACUGAGACUACGACUGAAGCCUUCACAACUGAAGCCGUUGCAACUGAAGCCAGUACAUCUACAUCCGCAGCGACACCAUCAUCCACAAUUCCAGAAACAACUACUACAACAGGAGAAACUACAAUGUCUUCGACAAUGGGUAGUACAAUUUCAGAAACAAGUGCAGCAACAACAACAACUGAACCUAGCACAACGACGACUGAAUCUACAAGUGCAGUUGAAAGUACAACUGAAAGCACCACAACUGAAGCCAGUACAUCUACAUCUGCAGAGACAUCAACACCUACAACUUUAGAAAUAACUACAUCAACACCAGACAACACCGAAUCUUCGACAGAAGGAAGCACAACAAUGGAAAUGACCUCCACAAAUACACAGGCAAGCUCUACGACAGAAUCAGGCGCAUCCUCGACUACUACUGAUGGUAGCACAACAACUGCACAAUCUACAAGCGCAACUGAGACUACGACUGAAGCCUUCACAACUGAAGCCGUCGCAACUGAAGCCAGUACAUCUACAUCCGCAGCGACACCAUCAUCCACAAUUCCAGAAACAACUACUACAACAGGAGAAACUACAAUGUCUUCGACAAUGGGUAGUACCAUUUCAGAAACAAGUGCAGCAACAACAACAACUGAACCUAGCACAACGGCGACUGAAUCUACAAGCGCAGUUGAAAGUACAAUUGAAAGCACCACAACUGAAGCCAGUACAUCUACGUCCUCAGUAACAUUAACAUCAACAAGUGCAGAAAUAACUACCACAACACUAGACGCCACGGAACCGUUAAUAGUCGGCAGCACAACUGCAGAAAUAACUUCCACCAGUACUGAGACCAUUUCCACAACAGAGGCAAGUGCAACAACAACUACUAUUGAUGCUAGCACAACCACUGCACAAUCUACAAGCGCCGUUGAGACUACGACUGAAGCCGUCACAGGUGAAGCCAGUGCAUCUACAUCCGCAGUGACACCAACAUCUACAAUUCCAACUAGCACAACAGUAGAAACCAUGGGGUCGUCGACAGUGAGUAGCACAGCUGCUGCAGAAAUCACUUCCAGUAGUGCACAGUCUAUCUCCACAACAGAAACAGGUGCAACAACAGCCACAACUGAUGCUAGCACAACCUUGGCUGAAUCUACAAGCGCAUCUGAAACUACCACUGAAGGCAUCACACCUGAAGCCAGCACAUCUACAUCCGCAGGCACGCCAACAUCAACAACUGCAGAGAUUGCUAGCAUAACAGUAGAAACUACGGAAUCGUCGACAGCCGGCAUCACAACUGCUGAUCCCACGUCCACGAGUUCACAGGCUAGCACAACAACACAGGCAGGCACAACAACAACCAGUACUGACGCUAGCACCUCAGCUGCAGAUACUUCAAGCACAGCAGAGACUACAUCAGAAUCAAUCACAUCUGAACCCACUACAUCUACUUCUGGAUCCACUACUGCAUCAACAAUUGUUGAUACUACCAGUUCUUCUGAAGGGACAACACCUGCGAGUUCUACCAUCAGAAUAACAGUAGCAGAAACUACAAGUACAUCUGAAACAACAACUGAAGCCAUCCCAACUGAGCCCAGUGCAACUACAACAGGGACAAGCAGUACAUCUACAAUUGCAGAUAUAACUAGCACAACAUUACACACCACGGAGUCGUCGUCAGUCGGAAGCACAACAGUACAACCGACUUCAACGAGUACACUGGUUAGCACAACAACAGAGCAAGGCACAACAAGUACUGUUGACUCAAGCACAACAGUUGCAGAACCCACAAUCACAGUUGAAACCACAACCGAAACCUUCACAACUGAAGCCAGUACAUCUACAUCCACAGAGACACCAACAUCUACAACUUUAGAAAUAACUACAUCAACACCAGACAACACGGAAUCUUCGACAGAAGGAAGCACAACAAUCGAAAUCACCUCCACAAGUACACAGGCAAGCUCUACAACAGAAUCAGGCGCAUCAUCAACUACUAGUGAUGGUACCACAACAACUGCACAAUCUACAAGCACAACUGAGAGUAUGACUGAAGCCGUCACAACUGAAGCCAGUACAUCUACAUCCGCAGCGACACCAUCCUCCACAAUUCCAGAAACAACUACUACAACAGCAGAAACUACAAUGUCUUCGACAAUGGAUAGUACAAUUUCAGAAACAAGUGCAGCAACAACAACAACAACAACAACUGAACCUAGCACAACGACGACUGAAUCUACAAGUGCAGUUGAAAGUACAACUGAAAGCACCACAACUGAAGCCAGUACAUCUACAUCUGCAGAGACAUCAACACCUACAACUUUAGAAAUAACUACAUCAACACCAGACAACACCGAAUCUUCGACAGAAGGAAGCACAACAAUGGAAAUGACCUCCACAAAUACACAGGCAAGCUCUACGACAGAAUCAGGCGCAUCCUCGACUACUACUGAUGGUAGCACAACAACUGCACAAUCUACAAGCGCAACUGAGACUACGACUGAAGCCUUCACAACUGAAGCCGUCGCAACUGAAGCCAGUACAUCUACAUCCGCAGCGACACCAUCAUCCACAAUUCCAGAAACAACUACUACAACAGGAGAAACUACAAUGUCUUCGACAAUGGGUAGUACCAUUUCAGAAACAAGUGCAGCAACAACAACAACUGAACCUAGCACAACGGCGACUGAAUCUACAAGCGCAGUUGAAAGUACAAUUGAAAGCACCACAACUGAAGCCAGUACAUCUACGUCCUCAGUAACAUUAACAUCAACAAGUGCAGAAAUAACUACCACAACACUAGACGCCACGGAACCGUUAAUAGUCGGCAGCACAACUGCAGAAAUAACUUCCACCAGUACUGAGACCAUUUCCACAACAGAGGCAAGUGCAACAACAACUACUAUUGAUGCUAGCACAACCACUGCACAAUCUACAAGCGCCGUUGAGACUACGACUGAAGCCGUCACAGGUGAAGCCAGUGCAUCUACAUCCGCAGUGACACCAACAUCUACAAUUCCAACUAGCACAACAGUAGAAACCAUGGGGUCGUCGACAGUGAGUAGCACAGCUGCUGCAGAAAUCACUUCCAGUAGUGCACAGUCUAUCUCCACAACAGAAACAGGUGCAACAACAGCCACAACUGAUGCUAGCACAACCUUGGCUGAAUCUACAAGCGCAUCUGAAACUACCACUGAAGGCAUCACACCUGAAGCCAGCACAUCUACAUCCGCAGGCACGCCAACAUCAACAACUGCAGAGAUUGCUAGCAUAACAGUAGAAACUACGGAAUCGUCGACAGCCGGCAUCACAACUGCUGAUCCCACGUCCACGAGUUCACAGGCUAGCACAACAACACAGGCAGGCACAACAACAACCAGUACUGACGCUAGCACCUCAGCUGCAGAUACUUCAAGCACAGCAGAGACUACAUCAGAAUCAAUCACAUCUGAACCCACUACAUCUACUUCUGGAUCCACUACUGCAUCAACAAUUGUUGAUACUACCAGUUCUUCUGAAGGGACAACACCUGCGAGUUCUACCAUCAGAAUAACAGUAGCAGAAACUACAAGUACAUCUGAAACAACAACUGAAGCCAUCCCAACUGAGCCCAGUGCAACUACAACAGGGACAAGCAGUACAUCUACAAUUGCAGAUAUAACUAGCACAACAUUACACACCACGGAGUCGUCGUCAGUCGGAAGCACAACAGUACAACCGACUUCAACGAGUACACUGGUUAGCACAACAACAGAGCAAGGCACAACAAGUACUGUUGACUCAAGCACAACAGUUGCAGAACCCACAAUCACAGUUGAAACCACAACCGAAACCUUCACAACUGAAGCCAGUACAUCUACAUCCACAGAGACACCAACAUCUACAACUUUAGAAAUAACUACAUCAACACCAGACAACACGGAAUCUUCGACAGAAGGAAGCACAACAAUCGAAAUCACCUCCACAAGUACACAGGCAAGCUCUACAACAGAAUCAGGCGCAUCAUCAACUACUAGUGAUGGUACCACAACAACUGCACAAUCUACAAGCACAACUGAGAGUAUGACUGAAGCCGUCACAACUGAAGCCAGUACAUCUACAUCCGCAGCGACACCAUCCUCCACAAUUCCAGAAACAACUACUACAACAGCAGAAACUACAAUGUCUUCGACAAUGGAUAGUACAAUUUCAGAAACAAGUGCAGCAACAACAACAACAACUGAACCUAGCACAACGACGACUGAAUCUACAAGUGCAGUUGAAAGUACAACUGAAAGCACCACAACUGAAGCCAGUACAUCUACAUCUGCAGAGACAUCAACACCUACAACUUUAGAAAUAACUACAUCAACACCAGACAACACCGAAUCUUCGACAGAAGGAAGCACAACAAUGGAAAUGACCUCCACAAAUACACAGGCAAGCUCUACGACAGAAUCAGGCGCAUCCUCGACUACUACUGAUGGUAGCACAACAACUGCACAAUCUACAAGCGCAACUGAGACUACGACUGAAGCCUUCACAACUGAAGCCGUCGCAACUGAAGCCAGUACAUCUACAUCCGCAGCGACACCAUCAUCCACAAUUCCAGAAACAACUACUACAACAGGAGAAACUACAAUGUCUUCGACAAUGGGUAGUACCAUUUCAGAAACAAGUGCAGCAACAACAACAACUGAACCUAGCACAACGGCGACUGAAUCUACAAGCGCAGUUGAAAGUACAAUUGAAAGCACCACAACUGAAGCCAGUACAUCUACGUCCUCAGUAACAUUAACAUCAACAAGUGCAGAAAUAACUACCACAACACUAGACGCCACGGAACCGUUAAUAGUCGGCAGCACAACUGCAGAAAUAACUUCCACCAGUACUGAGACCAUUUCCACAACAGAGGCAAGUGCAACAACAACUACUAUUGAUGCUAGCACAACCACUGCACAAUCUACAAGCGCCGUUGAGACUACGACUGAAGCCGUCACAGGUGAAGCCAGUGCAUCUACAUCCGCAGUGACACCAACAUCUACAAUUCCAACUAGCACAACAGUAGAAACCAUGGGGUCGUCGACAGUGAGUAGCACAGCUGCUGCAGAAAUCACUUCCAGUAGUGCACAGUCUAUCUCCACAACAGAAACAGGUGCAACAACAGCCACAACUGAUGCUAGCACAACCUUGGCUGAAUCUACAAGCGCAUCUGAAACUACCACUGAAGGCAUCACACCUGAAGCCAGCACAUCUACAUCCGCAGGCACGCCAACAUCAACAACUGCAGAGAUUGCUAGCAUAACAGUAGAAACUACGGAAUCGUCGACAGCCGGCAUCACAACUGCUGAUCCCACGUCCACGAGUUCACAGGCUAGCACAACAACACAGGCAGGCACAACAACAACCAGUACUGACGCUAGCACCUCAGCUGCAGAUACUUCAAGCACAGCAGAGACUACAUCAGAAUCAAUCACAUCUGAACCCACUACAUCUACUUCUGGAUCCACUACUGCAUCAACAAUUGUUGAUACUACCAGUUCUUCUGAAGGGACAACACCUGCGAGUUCUACCAUCAGCAUAACAGUAGCAGAAACUACAAGUACAUCUGAAACAACAACUGAAGCCAUCCCAACUGAGCCCAGUGCAACUACAACAGGGACAAGCAGUACAUCUACAAUUGCAGAUAUAACUAGCACAACAUUACACACCACGGAGUCGUCGUCAGUCGGAAGCACAACAGUACAACCGACUUCAACGAGUACACUGGUUAGCACAACAACAGAGCAAGGCACAACAAGUACUGUUGACUCAAGCACAACAGUUGCAGAACCCACAAUCACAGUUGAAACCACAACCGAAACCUUCACAACUGAAGCCAGUACAUCUACAUCCACAGAGACACCAACAUCUACAACUUUAGAAAUAACUACAUCAACACCAGACAACACGGAAUCUUCGACAGAAGGAAGCACAACAAUCGAAAUCACCUCCACAAGUACACAGGCAAGCUCUACAACAGAAUCAGGCGCAUCAUCAACUACUAGUGAUGGUACCACAACAACUGCACAAUCUACAAGCACAACUGAGAGUAUGACUGAAGCCGUCACAACUGAAGCCAGUACAUCUACAUCCGCAGCGACACCAUCCUCCACAAUUCCAGAAACAACUACUACAACAGCAGAAACUACAAUGUCUUCGACAAUGGAUAGUACAAUUUCAGAAACAAGUGCAGCAACAACAACAACAACUGAACCUAGCACAACGACGACUGAAUCUACAAGUGCAGUUGAAAGUACAACUGAAAGCACCACAACUGAAGCCAGUACAUCUACAUCUGCAGAGACAUCAACACCUACAACUUUAGAAAUAACUACAUCAACACCAGACAACACCGAAUCUUCGACAGAAGGAAGCACAACAAUGGAAAUGACCUCCACAAAUACACAGGCAAGCUCUACGACAGAAUCAGGCGCAUCCUCGACUACUACUGAUGGUAGCACAACAACUGCACAAUCUACAAGCGCAACUGAGACUACGACUGAAGCCUUCACAACUGAAGCCGUCGCAACUGAAGCCAGUACAUCUACAUCCGCAGCGACACCAUCAUCCACAAUUCCAGAAACAACUACUACAACAGGAGAAACUACAAUGUCUUCGACAAUGGGUAGUACCAUUUCAGAAACAAGUGCAGCAACAACAACAACUGAACCUAGCACAACGGCGACUGAAUCUACAAGCGCAGUUGAAAGUACAAUUGAAAGCACCACAACUGAAGCCAGUACAUCUACGUCCUCAGUAACAUUAACAUCAACAAGUGCAGAAAUAACUACCACAACACUAGACGCCACGGAACCGUUAAUAGUCGGCAGCACAACUGCAGAAAUAACUUCCACCAGUACUGAGACCAUUUCCACAACAGAGGCAAGUGCAACAACAACUACUAUUGAUGCUAGCACAACCACUGCACAAUCUACAAGCGCCGUUGAGACUACGACUGAAGCCGUCACAGGUGAAGCCAGUGCAUCUACAUCCGCAGUGACACCAACAUCUACAAUUCCAACUAGCACAACAGUAGAAACCAUGGGGUCGUCGACAGUGAGUAGCACAGCUGCUGCAGAAAUCACUUCCAGUAGUGCACAGUCUAUCUCCACAACAGAAACAGGUGCAACAACAGCCACAACUGAUGCUAGCACAACCUUGGCUGAAUCUACAAGCGCAUCUGAAACUACCACUGAAGGCAUCACACCUGAAGCCAGCACAUCUACAUCCGCAGGCACGCCAACAUCAACAACUGCAGAGAUUGCUAGCAUAACAGUAGAAACUACGGAAUCGUCGACAGCCGGCAUCACAACUGCUGAUCCCACGUCCACGAGUUCACAGGCUAGCACAACAACACAGGCAGGCACAACAACAACCAGUACUGACGCUAGCACCUCAGCUGCAGAUACUUCAAGCACAGCAGAGACUACAUCAGAAUCAAUCACAUCUGAACCCACUACAUCUACUUCUGGAUCCACUACUGCAUCAACAAUUGUUGAUACUACCAGUUCUUCUGAAGGGACAACACCUGCGAGUUCUACCAUCAGAAUAACAGUAGCAGAAACUACAAGUACAUCUGAAACAACAACUGAAGCCAUCCCAACUGAGCCCAGUGCAACUACAACAGGGACAAGCAGUACAUCUACAAUUGCAGAUAUAACUAGCACAACAUUACACACCACGGAGUCGUCGUCAGUCGGAAGCACAACAGUACAACCGACUUCAACGAGUACACUGGUUAGCACAACAACAGAGCAAGGCACAACAAGUACUGUUGACUCAAGCACAACAGUUGCAGAACCCACAAUCACAGUUGAAACCACAACCGAAACCUUCACAACUGAAGCCAGUACAUCUACAUCCACAGAGACACCAACAUCUACAACUUUAGAAAUAACUACAUCAACACCAGACAACACGGAAUCUUCGACAGAAGGAAGCACAACAAUCGAAAUCACCUCCACAAGUACACAGGCAAGCUCUACAACAGAAUCAGGCGCAUCAUCAACUACUAGUGAUGGUAGCACAACAACUGCACAAUCUACAAGCACAACUGAGAGUAUGACUGAAGCCGUCACAACUGAAGCCAGUACAUCUACAUCCGCAGCGACACCAUCCUCCACAAUUCCAGAAACAACUACUACAACAGCAGAAACUACAAUGUCUUCGACAAUGGAUAGUACAAAUUCAGAAACAAGUGCAGCAACAACUGAACCUAGCACAACGGCAACAGAAUCUACAAGUGCAGUUGAAAGUACAACUGAAAGCACCACAACUGAAGCCAGUACAUCUACAUCUGCAGAGACAUCAACAUCUACAACUUUAGAAAUAACUACAUCAACACCAGACAACACGGAAUCUUCGACAGAAGGAAGCAAAACAAUAGAAAUCACCUCCACAAGUACACAAGCAAGCUCUACAACAGAAUCAGGCGAAUCAUCAACUCCUACUGAUGGUAGCACAACACCUGCACAAUCUACAAGCGCAGUUGAAAGUUCAACUGAAAGCACCACUACUGAAGCCAGUAUGUCUACAUCAGCAGGUACAUCAACAUCUACAAAUACAGAAUCUUCGACAGAGGGCACCACAACAGUAGAAAUUAGUGCCACCAGUACACAGGCAAGCUUUAUCACAGAAUCAAGCGCAACAACAACUUCUUCUACUGAUGCUGCCACAACAAAUGCACAAUCCACAAACCCAGUAGAGACUACGACUGAAGCCGUCACAGGUGAAGCCAGUACAUCUACAUCCGCAGCGACACCAACAUCUACAAUUCCAGAAACAACUAGCACAACAGUAGAAACCAUGGGGUCGUCGACAGUGAGUAGCACAACUGCUGCAGAAAUCACUUCCACGAGUACACAGUCUAUCUCCACAACAGAAACAGGUGCAACAGCAUCCACAACUGAUGCUAGCACAACCGCUGCUGAAUCUACAAGCGCACUUGAGACUACGACUGAAGGCACCACACCUGAAGCUAGCACAUCUACAACCGCAGCAGCACCAACAUCUACAAUUCAAGACACAACUAGCACAACAGUUGAAACAACGGAGUCCUCAACAGUGGGCGGUACAACUGCAGAAAUGGCUUCCACAAGUACACACUUUAUCUCCACAACAGAAUUGGGCACAACAACAACCCUAACUGAUGGUAGCACAACAUCGCCUGAAUCUGCAAGCACGGUUGAGUCUACAACUGAAACCAUUACAACUGGAACCGGUAUAUCUACAUCUGCACACACGCCAACAUCAACAACUGCAGAGAUGGCUAGCACAACAGUAGAAACUACGGAAUCGUCAACAGUCAGCAUCACAACUGCUGAACCCACGUCCAUCAGUUCACAGGCUAGCACAGCAACACAGGCAGGCACAACAACAACCAGUACUGACGCUAGCACCUCAGCUGCAGAUACUUCAAGCACAGCAGAGACUACAUCAGAAUCAAUCACAUCUGAACCCACUACAUCUACUUCUGGAUCCACAACUGCAUCAGCAAUUGUUGAUACAACGACUUCUACUGAAGGUACAACCGAGUUUUCGACAGUCGGUAGCACAACCCUAGAAAUGGCUUCCAGCAGUACACAGUCUAGUUCCACAACAGAAUCAGGCGCAACGACAACUACUACUGAUGCUAGCACAACAACUGCACAAUCUACAAGCGCAGUUGAAAGUUCACCCGAAAGCACCACAACUGAAGCCAGUAUGUCUACAUCCGCAGGUACAUCAACAUCUACAAAUACGGAAUCUUCGACAGAGGGCACCACAACAGUAGAAAUGACUUCUACCAGUACACAGGCAAGCUUUACAACAGAAUCAAGCGCAACAACAACUUCUUCUACUGAUGCUGCCACAACAAAUGCACAAUCCACAAACCCAGUAGAGACUACGACUGAAGCCGUCACAGGUGAAGCCAGUACAUCUACAUCCGCAGCGACACCAACAUCUACAAUUCCAGAAACAACUAGCACAACAGUAGAAACCAUGGGGUCGUCGACAGUGAGUAGCACAACUGCUGCAGAAAUCACUUCCACGAGUACACAGUCUAUCUCCACAACAGAAACAGGUGCAACAGCAUCCACAACUGAUGCUAGCACAACCGCUGCUGAAUCUACAAGCGCACUUGAGACUACGACUGAAGGCACCACACCUGAAGCUAGCACAUCUACAACCGCAGCAGCACCAACAUCUACAAUUCAAGACACAACUAGCACAACAGUUGAAACCACGGAGUCCUCAACAGUGGGCGGCACAACUGCAGAAAUGGAUUCCACAAGUACACAGUUUAUCUCCACAACAGAAUCGGGCACAACAACAACCCUAACUGAUGGUAGCACAACAUCGCCUGAAUCUGCAAGCACGGUUGAGUCUACAACUGAAACCAUUACAACUGAAACCGGUAUAUCUACAUCUGCACACACGCCAACAUCAACAACUGCAGAGAUGGCUAGCACAACAGUAGAAACUACGGAAUCGUCAACAUUCAGCAUCACAACUGCUGAACCCACGUCCAUCAGUUCACAGGCUAGCACAGCAACACAGGCAGGCACAACAACAACCAGUACUGACGCUAGCACCUCAGCUGCAGAUACUUCAAGCACAGCAGAGACUACAUCAGAAUCAAUCACAUCUGAACCCACUACAUCUACUUCUGGAUCCACAACUGCAUCAGCAAUUGUUGAUACAACGACUUCUACUGAAGGUACAACCGAGUUUUCGACAGUCGGUAGCACAACCCUAGAAAUGGCUUCCAGCAGUACACAGUCUAGUUCCACAACAGAAUCAGGCGCAACGACAACUACUACUGAUGCUAGCACAACAACUGCACAAUCUACAAGCGCAGUUGAAAGUUCAACUGAAAGCACCACAACUGAAGCCAGUAUGUCUACAUCCGCAGGUACAUCAACAUCUACAAAUACGGAAUCUUCGACAGAGGGCACCACAACAGUAGAAAUGACUUCUACCAGUACACAGGCAAGCUUUACAACAGAAUCAAGCGCAACAACAACUUCUUCUACUGAUGCUGCCACAACAAAUGCACAAUCCACAAACCCAGUAGAGACUACGACUGAAGCCGUCACAGGUGAAGCCAGUACAUCUACAUCCGCAGCGACACCAACAUCUACAAUUCCAGAAACAACUAGCACAACAGUAGAAACCAUGGGGUCGUCGACAGUGAGUAGCACAACUGCUGCAGAAAUCACUUCCACGAGUACACAGUCUAUCUCCACAACAGAAACAGGUGCAACAGCAUCCACAACUGAUGCUAGCACAACCGCUGCUGAAUCUACAAGCGCACUUGAGACUACGACUGAAGGCACCACACCUGAAGCUAGCACAUCUACAACCGCAGCAGCACCAACAUCUACAAUUCAAGACACAACUAGCACAACAGUUGAAACCACGGAGUCCUCAACAGUGGGCGGCACAACUGCAGAAAUGGAUUCCACAAGUACACAGUUUAUCUCCACAACAGAAUCGGGCACAACAACAACCCUAACUGAUGGUAGCACAACAUCGCCUGAAUCUACAAGCACGGUUGAGUCUACAACUGAAACCAUUACAACUGAAACCGGUAUAUCUACAUCCGCACACACGCCAACAUCAACAACUGCAGAGAUGGCUAGCACAACAGUAGAAACUACGGAAUCGUCAACAGUCAGCAUCUCAACUGCUGAACCCACGUCCAUCAGUUCACAGGCUAGCACAGCAACACAGGCAGGCACAACAACCAGUACUGACACUAGCACCUCAGCUGCAGAUACUUCAAGCACAGCAGAGACUACAUCAGAAUCAAUCACAUCUGAACCCACUACAUCUACUUCUGGAUCCACAACUGCAUCAGCAAUUGUUGAUACAACGACUUCUACUGAAGGUACAACCGAGUUUUCGACAGUCGGUAGCACAACCCUAGAAAUGGCUUCCAGCAGUACACAGUCUAGUUCCACAACAGAAUCAGGCGCAACGACAACUACUACUGAUGCUAGCACAACAACUGCACAAUCUACAAGCGCAGUUGAAAGUUCAACUGAAAGCACCACAACUGAAGCCAGUAUGUCUACAUCCGCAGGUACAUCAACAUCUACAAAUACGGAAUCUUCGACAGAGGGCACCACAACAGUAGAAAUGACUUCUACCAGUACACAGGCAAGCUUUACAACAGAAUCAAGCGCAACAACAACUUCUUCUACUGAUGCUGCCACAACAAAUGCACAAUCCACAAACCCAGUAGAGACUACGACUGAAGCCGUCACAGGUGAAGCCAGUACAUCUACAUCCGCAGCGACACCAACAUCUACAAUUCCAGAAACAACUAGCACAACAGUAGAAACCAUGGGGUCGUCGACAGUGAGUAGCACAACUGCUGCAGAAAUCACUUCCACGAGUACACAGUCUAUCUCCACAACAGAAACAGGUGCAACAGCAUCCACAACUGAUGCUAGCACAACCGCUGCUGAAUCUACAAGCGCACUUGAGACUACGACUGAAGGCACCACACCUGAAGCUAGCACAUCUACAACCGCAGCAGCACCAACAUCUACAAUUCAAGACACAACUAGCACAACAGUUGAAACUACGGAGUCCUCAACAGUGGGCGGUACAACUGCAGAAAUGGCUUCCACAAGUACACAGUUUAUCUCCACAACAGAAUUGGGCACAACAACAACCCUAACUGAUGGUAGCACAACAUCGCCUGAAUCUGCAAGCACGGUUGAGUCUACAACUGAAACCAUUACAACUGGAACCGGUAUAUCUACAUCUGCACACACGCCAACAUCAACAACUGCAGAGAUGGCUAGCACAACAGUAGAAACUACGGAAUCGUCAACAGUCAGCAUCACAACUGCUGAACCCACGUCCAUCAGUUCACAGGCUAGCACAGCAACACAGGCAGGCACAACAACAACCAGUACUGACGCUAGCACCUCAGCUGCAGAUACUUCAAGCACAGCAGAGACUACAUCAGAAUCAAUCACAUCUGAACCCACUACAUCUACUUCUGGAUCCACAACUGCAUCAGCAAUUGUUGAUACAACGACUUCUACUGAAGGUACAACCGAGUUUUCGACAGUCGGUAGCACAACCCUAGAAAUGGCUUCCAGCAGUACACAGUCUAGUUCCACAACAGAAUCAGGCGCAACGACAACUACUACUGAUGCUAGCACAACAACUGCACAAUCUACAAGCGCAGUUGAAAGUUCACCCGAAAGCACCACAACUGAAGCCAGUAUGUCUACAUCCGCAGGUACAUCAACAUCUACAAAUACGGAAUCUUCGACAGAGGGCACCACAACAGUAGAAAUGACUUCUACCAGUACACAGGCAAGCUUUACAACAGAAUCAAGCGCAACAACAACUUCUUCUACUGAUGCUGCCACAACAAAUGCACAAUCCACAAACCCAGUAGAGACUACGACUGAAGCCGUCACAGGUGAAGCCAGUACAUCUACAUCCGCAGCGACACCAACAUCUACAAUUCCAGAAACAACUAGCACAACAGUAGAAACCAUGGGGUCGUCGACAGUGAGUAGCACAACUGCUGCAGAAAUCACUUCCACGAGUACACAGUCUAUCUCCACAACAGAAACAGGUGCAACAGCAUCCACAACUGAUGCUAGCACAACCGCUGCUGAAUCUACAAGCGCACUUGAGACUACGACUGAAGGCACCACACCUGAAGCUAGCACAUCUACAACCGCAGCAGCACCAACAUCUACAAUUCAAGACACAACUAGCACAACAGUUGAAACCACGGAGUCCUCAACAGUGGGCGGCACAACUGCAGAAAUGGAUUCCACAAGUACACAGUUUAUCUCCACAACAGAAUCGGGCACAACAACAACCCUAACUGAUGGUAGCACAACAUCGCCUGAAUCUACAAGCACGGUUGAGUCUACAACUGAAACCAUUACAACUGAAACCGGUAUAUCUACAUCCGCACACACGCCAACAUCAACAACUGCAGAGAUGGCUAGCACAACAGUAGAAACUACGGAAUCGUCGACAGUCAGCAUCUCAACUGCUGAACCCACGUCCAUCAGUUCACAGGCUAGCACAGCAACACAGGCAGGCACAACAACCAGUACUGACACUAGCACCUCAGCUGCAGAUACUUCAAGCACAGCAGAGACUACAUCAGAAUCAAUCACAUCUGAACCCACUACAUCUACUUCUGGAUCCACAACUGCAUCAGCAAUUGUUGAUACAACGACUUCUACUGAAGGUACAACCGAGUUUUCGACAGUCGGUAGCACAACCCUAGAAAUGGCUUCCAGCAGUACACAGUCUAGUUCCACAACAGAAUCAGGCGCAACGACAACUACUACUGAUGCUAGCACAACAACUGCACAAUCUACAAGCGCAGUUGAAAGUUCACCCGAAAGCACCACAACUGAAGCCAGUAUGUCUACAUCCGCAGGUACAUCAACAUCUACAAAUACGGAAUCUUCGACAGAGGGCACCACAACAGUAGAAAUGACUUCUACCAGUACACAGGCAAGCUUUACAACAGAAUCAAGCGCAACAACAACUUCUUCUACUGAUGCUGCCACAACAAAUGCACAAUCCACAAACCCAGUAGAGACUACGACUGAAGCCGUCACAGGUGAAGCCAGUACAUCUACAUCCGCAGCGACACCAACAUCUACAAUUCCAGAAACAACUAGCACAACAGUAGAAACCAUGGGGUCGUCGACAGUGAGUAGCACAACUGCUGCAGAAAUCACUUCCACGAGUACACAGUCUAUCUCCACAACAGAAACAGGUGCAACAGCAUCCACAACUGAUGCUAGCACAACCGCUGCUGAAUCUACAAGCGCACUUGAGACUACGACUGAAGGCACCACACCUGAAGCUAGCACAUCUACAACCGCAGCAGCACCAACAUCUACAAUUCAAGACACAACUAGCACAACAGUUGAAACCACGGAGUCCUCAACAGUGGGCGGUACAACUGCAGAAAUGGCUUCCACAAGUACACAGUUUAUCUCCACAACAGAAUCGGGCACAACAACAACCCUAACUGAUGGUAGCACAACAUCUCCUGAAUCUGCAAGCACGGUUGAGUCUACAACUGAAACCAUUACAACUGAAACCGGUAUAUCUACAUCUGCACACACGCCAACAUCAACAACUGCAGAGAUGGCUAGCACAACAGUAGAAACUACGGAAUCGUCAACAUUCAGCAUCACAACUGCUGAACCCACGUCCAUCAGUUCACAGGCUAGCACAGCAACACAGGCAGGCACAACAACAACCAGUACUGACGCUAGCACCUCAGCUGCAGAUACUUCAAGCACAGCAGAGACUACAUCAGAAUCAAUCACAUCUGAACCCACUACAUCUACUUCUGGAUCCACAACUGCAUCAGCAAUUGUUGAUACAACGACUUCUACUGAAGGUACAACCGAGUUUUCGACAGUCGGUAGCACAACCCUAGAAAUGGCUUCCAGCAGUACACAGUCUAGUUCCACAACAGAAUCAGGCGCAACGACAACUACUACUGAUGCUAGCACAACAACUGCACAAUCUACAAGCGCAGUUGAAAGUUCAACUGAAAGCACCACAACUGAAGCCAGUAUGUCUACAUCCGCAGGUACAUCAACAUCUACAAAUACGGAAUCUUCGACAGAGGGCACCACAACAGUAGAAAUGACUUCUACCAGUACACAGGCAAGCUUUACAACAGAAUCAAGCGCAACAACAACUUCUUCUACUGAUGCUGCCACAACAAAUGCACAAUCCACAAACCCAGUAGAGACUACGACUGAAGCCGUCACAGGUGAAGCCAGUACAUCUACAUCCGCAGCGACACCAACAUCUACAAUUCCAGAAACAACUAGCACAACAGUAGAAACCAUGGGGUCGUCGACAGUGAGUAGCACAACUGCUGCAGAAAUCACUUCCACGAGUACACAGUCUAUCUCCACAACAGAAACAGGUGCAACAGCAUCCACAACUGAUGCUAGCACAACCGCUGCUGAAUCUACAAGCGCACUUGAGACUACGACUGAAGGCACCACACCUGAAGCUAGCACAUCUACAACCGCAGCAGCACCAACAUCUACAAUUCAAGACACAACUAGCACAACAGUUGAAACCACGGAGUCCUCAACAGUGGGCGGCACAACUGCAGAAAUGGAUUCCACAAGUACACAGUUUAUCUCCACAACAGAAUCGGGCACAACAACAACCCUAACUGAUGGUAGCACAACAUCGCCUGAAUCUACAAGCACGGUUGAGUCUACAACUGAAACCAUUACAACUGAAACCGGUAUAUCUACAUCCGCACACACGCCAACAUCAACAACUGCAGAGAUGGCUAGCACAACAGUAGAAACUACGGAAUCGUCGACAGUCAGCAUCUCAACUGCUGAACCCACGUCCAUCAGUUCACAGGCUAGCACAGCAACACAGGCAGGCACAACAACCAGUACUGACACUAGCACCUCAGCUGCAGAUACUUCAAGCACAGCAGAGACUACAUCAGAAUCAAUCACAUCUGAACCCACUACAUCUACUUCUGGAUCCACAACUGCAUCAGCAAUUGUUGAUACAACGACUUCUACUGAAGGUACAACCGAGUUUUCGACAGUCGGUAGCACAACCCUAGAAAUGGCUUCCAGCAGUACACAGUCUAGUUCCACAACAGAAUCAGGCGCAACGACAACUACUACUGAUGCUAGCACAACAACUGCACAAUCUACAAGCGCAGUUGAAAGUUCAACUGAAAGCACCACAACUGAAGCCAGUAUGUCUACAUCCGCAGGUACAUCAACAUCUACAAAUACGGAAUCUUCGACAGAGGGCACCACAACAGUAGAAAUGACUUCUACCAGUACACAGGCAAGCUUUACAACAGAAUCAAGCGCAACAACAACUUCUUCUACUGAUGCUGCCACAACAAAUGCACAAUCCACAAACCCAGUAGAGACUACGACUGAAGCCGUCACAGGUGAAGCCAGUACAUCUACAUCCGCAGCGACACCAACAUCUACAAUUCCAGAAACAACUAGCACAACAGUAGAAACCAUGGGGUCGUCGACAGUGAGUAGCACAACUGCUGCAGAAAUCACUUCCACGAGUACACAGUCUAUCUCCACAACAGAAACAGGUGCAACAGCAUCCACAACUGAUGCUAGCACAACCGCUGCUGAAUCUACAAGCGCACUUGAGACUACGACUGAAGGCACCACACCUGAAGCUAGCACAUCUACAACCGCAGCAGCACCAACAUCUACAAUUCAAGACACAACUAGCACAACAGUUGAAACCACGGAGUCCUCAACAGUGGGCGGCACAACUGCAGAAAUGGAUUCCACAAGUACACAGUUUAUCUCCACAACAGAAUCGGGCACAACAACAACCCUAACUGAUGGUAGCACAACAUCGCCUGAAUCUACAAGCACGGUUGAGUCUACAACUGAAACCAUUACAACUGAAACCGGUAUAUCUACAUCCGCACACACGCCAACAUCAACAACUGCAGAGAUGGCUAGCACAACAGUAGAAACUACGGAAUCGUCGACAGUCAGCAUCUCAACUGCUGAACCCACGUCCAUCAGUUCACAGGCUAGCACAGCAACACAGGCAGGCACAACAACCAGUACUGACACUAGCACCUCAGCUGCAGAUACUUCAAGCACAGCAGAGACUACAUCAGAAUCAAUCACAUCUGAACCCACUACAUCUACUUCUGGAUCCACAACUGCAUCAGCAAUUGUUGAUACAACGACUUCUACUGAAGGCAAGUACAACCGAGUUUUCGACAGUCGGUAGCACAACCCUAGAAAUGGCUUCCAGCAGUACACAGUCUAGUUCCACAACAGAAUCAGGCGCAACGACAACUACUACUGAUGCUAGCACAACAACUGCACAAUCUACAAGCGCAGUUGAAAGUUCAACUGAAAGCACCACAACUGAAGCCAGUAUGUCUACAUCCGCAGGUACAUCAACAUCUACAAAUACG